AUGGCUUUCUCUCAUUUGCACGUCGUCGUCUUCGUCCUCGCACUUAUCUGCAGCCAUGGUCUCGUUGAAGCAGGCCGAGCUGAGCUGGUGCAUCAAUGCAAUUACCCAGUUUGGUGCGCAGUCGUUGUGGGUUUCGAGCCGAAUGACACUACUCCGCUGGGCCUGAGACCACUGGUGAACUGGACUCCACAACCAGCAGGCCAGGUCAUUGUUGACGAAUACGCCACUCAUCCACCGGACACCGGAGUUGCCAUUAUGUGUACGCGGGAACCGAAGGCCAUGAAACCGCUCGUCACCCAACUCGAGUACACCUGGCGCCCGGAUCAACAAAAGACGUAUUUCGAUGUCAGCAAUGUUGAGGGAGCCCCAUUUGUGGAAAAUGGAUUCAGGAUGGUGCUCAACGACAAGGUCAAGCCUUUGAACGCCUCCUGCUUCGGCGCCUACUGUGCACCCGGAGAUCAACACUGUGCAGAAGUCUACGACAAAUCGGAUGAUGACUUCCGAGGAAUGCGUGCUUGCUCCCACGAAGUUAUGACACGCUUGACUCUCUGCUCCGGCUAG